CCCCGCUUUCCCACGUCUGAAGUUUCAACCAAUCAGAAAUAGACACGCUUGUUAUUUCGGGACAACAACGUGUUGACAGAACCCGGCUUCUAAAAACUGAGAAGUGGGAAGAGAAAACGUUAUUUGAAAUAAAGAUGAUACCACUAGCGAUUUUGGCUGUGGCCUUAUCCUCGGCCUCUGCCCUAUACUCCAGCUCAGAUGAUGUCCUAGAGUUAACCCCCUCUAAUUUCAACAAAGAAGUCACCAUGUAUGAUGGUCUUGUGUUUGUGGAGUUUUAUGCACCAUGGUGUGGACAUUGUCAAUCAUUGGCUCCCGAGUGGAAAAAAGCAGCCACUGCUCUCAAGGGGGUUGUGAAGAUUGCAGCAGUAAAUGCUGAUGAGCACCAAAGCUUAGGAGGACAAUAUCAGAUCCAAGGGUUCCCCACCAUCAAAGUCUUUGGUGCCAAUAAAAACAGUCCAUCUGACUACCAAGGUGGAAGAACAGCCGAUGCCAUUGUUGACACAGCUCUUUCCAAACUGAAAUCUCUGGUUCAGGACAGGCUGAAAGGUCGUGGUGGAUCAAGUGGUCGAAGUGGUGGCAGUGGUGGAAAGUCGGGUGGCGGCAGUGCUGACGAUGUGGUAGAGCUGACAGACAGUAACUUUGAGCGGCUGGUGCUGGACAGUGACGACAUGUGGUUGGUCGAGUUCUUUGCCCCGUGGUGUGGACAUUGUAAGAACCUGGCCCCACACUGGCAGAGUGCUGCCUCAGAGAUGAAGGGCAAGGUCAAGUUUGGAGCUCUGGAUGCUACAGUGCACAGCGUCAUGGCCAACAGAUACGGGGUCCGAGGAUAUCCCACCAUCAAGAUGUUCCCUGCCGGUAAGAAGGACGGAGAUGCCAUGGAAUAUGAUGGAGGGCGAACCUCUUCAGACAUUGUCAACUGGGCCACAGAAAAACUCGCUGAGAACCUCCCUCCCCCGGAAGUUGUACAGAUUGUGUCCCAAGACACCAUCAAGACAAACUGCGAGGAGAAGCAGCUGUGUGUGGUCGCAGUCCUCCCCCACAUUCUGGACUGUCAGUCCAAGUGUCGAAAUGACUACAUUCAGAUCCUGAAGGACCUGAGCACAAAGUACAAGAAACAACCCUGGGGAUGGGUGUGGUCUGAGGCGGGUCAACAGAUGGAGCUUGAGGCUGCUCUUGGCAUUGGUGGAUUUGGUUAUCCCGCUAUGGCAGCUGUAAACACAAGAAAACAAGUCUAUGUUUUACUGAAGGGUCCAUUUAGUGAAAAAGGCAUUAAUGAAUACCUCAGAGAUUUAUCAUACGGCAAAGGUGCUCCUAUCCCUCUCAAAGAUACCAAAAUUGCGAACAUCGAAAAAACUGAACCCUGGGACGGAAAAGAUGGAGAGCUCCCUGUUGAAGAUGAUAUAGAUCUGAGUGACAUUGACCUGGAUGAUGGAAAAGAUGAAUUAUAGUGACUAAUUUGGAAGGAGUUAGUGUGUGCAUGUGUGUACAUGUGUUUAUCUGAGAGUGAAUGAACAAGAGGGAAAAUUUGUUGUUUUUUUUGGUGUAUUUUGUAUUCUUAUUUCAUUCCUCAUGGUGUGUGUUGAUGGAAUAGUAUUUCAAUCAGAGGUCACUAGAUGACCCUUUUAACUGUACUUUAUGUCAGGUUUUUGACAUUUCAAUGUAUAAAUGUUUAUAUUGUCACUACAUCUACUUUCGUUUUUUAAAUUGAAAAUCCAAGUGACAUGGGGAAGAAGAAUCAUCUGAUUAUGUUAUAUGAUAUCAGUUAUUUGAAGCUGAUGACCAGAAGAAUGCAGCCUAUUGGAUGCUAUUUUUGUAAUUGAUGGUGUGAAUGCUUUAUGACAAUUUAUUUAUCAUUUAUGAAUGUUGAAAAUUUAUUAAAAAAUGUAAAAUUUAA